AUGGGUGGUACAUUACCACCUAUAGUUAUGUUUAUAUGUGCUUUAUUCAUUUGGAAAUGUCUCAAAAGAAAAAAUCAACGUAGAAAGAUAAGUAAUAUGGUUAAAUCAAAACAACAAAAAAAUAUUCGUGAUCAACAAGUGUUAAUCAUAUUAUUGGCACAAGUAAUUAUCUUUAUUGUUUCUACAAUUCCAUUCAUGUCGAAUAAUCUAUAUAAAACAUUAACUCGCAACAUAUUGGAUAAAUCUAUCGAUCGUCAAGCAAUUGAGAAUUUUUUACAAGUAAUCACUGAAUUGUUUGUUUAUAUAUUUCCAGCUUCAUCAUUUUACUUAAAUACAUUAGUAUCGCGCACAUUUCGAAGAAAAUUUAUUAUCAUGUUUAAACGCUUUAUUAUUACAUGUUGUCGUCGAAAACAAAAUCGUAUUAGUCCAAUUGCUCAAGCUCGAACGAAUGGUACAAUCCAAGAAAUACCAAUGGCAAUACCUAGAAAAGUUCAAAUAUCAACUCGUAGUGAUCUUAAUAAGUCUAUCCAUGAAGGAGAACAGAACACUGCGUAA